GUUUAGAUUUGAGUAUUUUGUGUGUUUUCCCUAUGACGCGCUAAGUCCUGCGGUGACUAAUCUCGAUUAGUUUAUCUCGUUGUGUGUCGCUGCGAUAUCAUGUUGAGUUCAGAUUCUUCAGAAGACUCGUAAUAGUCGAGAUCUCAAGCGAGAUGUCACACGACUACGACCACUUUUUCGAACAUUUCAAGAGCCGAGCGAUGAGCACGGGCACGCUCCUGCUGGCGCUAGCGCUUCUGGCGCUACUGGUGGCGCUGGUGGCCUGCUGCUGCCGCCGGCGUAAGGCGGAGGGGCAGGUGCUGUCGCCCCCGCCGCCCGCGCCGCCGGGGCCCCUGCAAGCCGUGCAGGUGCCCUACCCACAGCAGCAAUACGCGCCUGCACCUUACCCUGUUGCUACAUCGUAUCCGACACAAUCGGCCGCCCCGUAUCCAGCGGCGGCGCCGUAUCCGGCGGCCGCGUGCCCCAUGCCCGUGCCGGGCGGCGGUUACCCGGCGCCGUUCCCGGGCGCGUACCCCCGCGCGACUCCGUACCCGGCCGCCCCGUUCCCGCAGCCGCUCCCCGACGCGCACUAUCCGACCGCGCCUAGCGCGCCAGAGGCUCAUGCGUUGCCUCCGUCGUACGAGCAGGCGACGGGAACCAAGAACCCUCCGUACCCCAUGCACUAAGCGGCGCCGCCCCGGCGACGCCACGCUGACUCACUCACCGGCCUGUGUCGUCGCACCAGCGCCGCCCGAAAUAAUUCCUCCCGUUUCAAGACUCUCCUUACAGGGAUUUUCUCUAGAAAUUACUUAGUUUUCUAUCGUUUAUUUAGUCCAGCUGAUCGAGUUGAAAUGUACCUGAAUAGGACCGUAGCUAGAAAAAGUUUGAUUUUAGAGUUACAACACGCGCAUGCAGCGGGUUUCGAUAAAGCGUUAGGUAUUUAUUGAAGAUUGCUAUCCCGAUUCAGUAUUGGUUUGUUGCUAACUCACGUAUAGUGGUGUGUUUAUAGUGCUGCAGUGUGCAACUAUAUUGAUGAUCUGAAAUGCUCCAAAAAGUUAAUACGGGAUGAAUUUUAAGAAUGGGAGUGGCUUAACGGAUACCUACAUUUAAAAGGCUGCUAAGCUACGAUCCUGUAAUAUACCUAUUGUGUUUUCUUCACAGGUUAAGGUUAUGGGGGUAGAGAUUAUAUCUUAUGAUGUAAUUAUUAUAUUUGAGUGUAUCGAACCUAAGAGUGGAUCUCCUAAUGCUCAACAUAAGUCUUGAAACCGGAGCUGCCGCUGAGGGCACAACUGAACAAAUGUGAUUUUAUAAGAAUUAAUUAAUGUUUAAUUAAGAAUUUAUAUUAUAUUAUUUUAGUUUUUUUACUUAUUUACAUGAUUGUUGCUAUCGUCACUUAUUUCGAACACAAAAACAGUUUGUCUAAGGUAUAGUGGAUGUUUAAGAUAUUUAUGUUUACUCUUCUAAUACCUUAUAGCCGACCGUACAUUUGGAGUAGGUACUUAUGAAAAGCGACUCAGAAAGUCAAGAGUCAACUCUCAAGACUGAUUAGAGACGUAGAGUUGGACGCUAAAAAGUCCGCGUGUCUGUAGGUAAAGGACGGCAUGUAGCAACGAACAGCGAGUUACAAACUCACUGACUGCACACAGGGCCGCUUAUUUUCAUGUUUUUGUAUUUCUUUUAGAGGCGCGUAUAAACGAGCACCAUUUUCAAAGCUACUGUUGGUAUCUGUUAACAACUGUGCAAACGUUGCUGGUAAGGCAGCUUAGGCGCUGUUUAACGUAGGAUUGUGGCGCCUCUUAUGUUUGAAUGUAUUUGUAUGGUCUUAAGUAGUUUAUGGAAUUUAGGUUGAAGCGGCUCUGUGGAAACCUCUUCCUAAACUGCCUCUAUUUAAUAUUGUUACAAGAGAUUAUUUCUUCUGACGUCACUGGUCAGAUUACCAUGUUUUUUUUGUGAAAUGGUAUGUAAUUGUAAAUAUGAUAUGUUAUAUGAAUAGUCAAAAACAAUAUUUCUGUAUUAGCCAGUUACAAGUUUGACACAUACCUCCAAUAAUUCAAAUAAGUCUACCAAUUUAAAUUACUCGAUGUAAACUGGACUCUAUGUAUUGCAGAUAAGAUCGAAAAUUAAGUGUUUUAAGCACCUAAGUAUAAACUUCUAAUAUUCAUGUACAAUAUUUAUGUGCCAGUUAAACAAGUAGGUAGGUAGGUCCUCAUACCCAACUCACGAAAAUUUCCAAGUGCUCUUAUGCACACACUGCCAUACAGAGUGGGAAGUUUAAAUGAGUCAGUAGGUAUGUGCAGCUAUUAAUCUCUUGGCGCCAUCUAAGCGAGAGAAUGGCAAGCUAGUACUUUCUCUGUUCAAUUAAUGUUCCACCGUGUAUACCGAAACUAGCGACCCGCCCCGGCUUCGCACGGGUGCAAUGCUAAUGUAUUAUACAUAUAAACCUUCCUCAUUAAUCACUAUCUAUUAAAAAAAACCGCAUCAAAAUCCGUUGCGUAGUUUUAAAGAUCUAAGCAUAAAUAGGGACAGACAGACAGCAGUAAGCGACUUUGUUUUAUACUAUGUAGUGAUGAUCGACUGCAUAAGUGUCGCUUAACUUCAAACUGGUAAAUCUAUUCGACCCUCUCAGCAAAUAUCUACCCUAUUACCUUUUCUUAAUACACAAAUGGCAUAAUCUGACAGAUGGAUUUACCCGAGUUUGAAGUUAAGCGACUCAUAAGGACUAGCUAUAAUAUACUAGUGUGCAAUACUAUUCGCAACAAACCUCUUUAUGAGGUACGGCAGAGUUAGGUAACAUUUUCAGCUAAAUGAAAUAUUCAUAUUCUUUUUUAGGGUUCCGUUCCUAUCUCAUUAACCGUGAUAGCUAGACAGUUGAAAUUUUCACAGAUGAUAUAUUUCUGUUGCUGCUAUAACAACAAAUACUAAAAAGUAUGGAACCCUCGGUGGGCGAGUCUGACUCGCACUUGUCCGGUUUAUUUUGAACACAAUGGACGUUUUUGAGAAUGUUGAAUGAGAGAAUGAAAAAACCGGCCAAGUGCGAGUCGGACUCGCGCACCGAGGGUUCCGUACUUUUUAGUAUUUGUUGUUAUAGCGGCAACAGAAAUACAUCAUCUGUGAAAAUUUCAACUGUCUAGCUAUAACGGUUCAUGAGAUACAGCCUGGUGACAGACAGACAGACGGCCAGACGGACAGCGGAGUCUUAGUAAUAGGGUCCCGUUUUUACCCUUUGGAUACGGAACCCUAAAAAGUAGACAAGAAAAUAUAAUGAAAAUGGGUACAUAUGCUCUUUUUAAAUUUAAUGCAAUAAGUGCAAUAAUAAUGUACCCGUUAGGGCGUUAGAUUAACCUAUAUAUAAUAUACGCAUAAAUGUUUUUAUUAUUCAUAAAAUAAAUGUUAGAAGUUACAACAUACAUUUUUUUUCUCCGGUAUUAUGAUUAUUUGACUUGGCUUUAAGAAAUUAAGAUGGAACAUUAAGGUGCAUUUUUUAAAUAGAAUAUUUGUCAUAACGUAUGAAUGUUUUGUACCUACCAAAUAUAAUAAAUUGUUAAUUAUU